AUGACAUCAAAAGGUCCCAUCAAGAUGACGAGAAGUGAGCUGUAUUCAGCUCUUAUGGACAGCGAGGAAGAAGAGUAUUAUAAAGAAUUGAAACAAGAAGAGGAAGAGUUAUUUAACAAAAAGGGAAGAUCAAAAUUUCAAGAUUUAUCCAAUUCAUUCGGUAGUGAUAACACAUACAAUGCUUCCGACGGUGAUGAAGAUGAUGAAUAUGAAGAUGACACUCUUGAAGGCACUCUUAGAAUGAUAGAGAAGAAAAAGAAAAAGAUAGAGGAGGAGAAAAUACCUGAAUUAAAACGGAGGCAAUCUCCAACACCAGAGCUCAAAAAGGAGCCAGAAGUGAUUGAGGACUUUAUUCGAAAUUUUCUGUCAAAAAAAGGAUUAGAAGAGAGUUUGCGAAUUUUCAACGAUGAAUUGUAUGAAAAGAAACAAAAAGGAGAAUUGGAUGAGUCUGCAGAUGCCGUACCUGAUGCAUAUACACAAUUACAACGAGUAGAAGAGGAGCUACACUUUUGUAAAAAGCAACUUGAGCAGCAAAAACAACUAUCAGAAAAUGUUGUACAAAAGUUUGAAAAACUAAGGCGGGUUAAAGAUCAUCACAAAAUGAGUCACAUGCAAACUGUGCAAACUAGGGAUCAACUGCGGAAAGAGCUCGAACGUAUGAAAAAUCAUUGUGCAAAAUAUGAACCAUUUAUUGCGGAAUUAACGAACAAGUAUGACAAAGUAUUCAAAGAAAAAACUCUUGUCUGUCUUGAAAGAGAUAGACUUGCCAAUAGGGUGACAGAACUCGAAAACAUUAUUCGACAGCAAAAUGGAGAAUCAACAUCUGUAAAUAAUACUACCAAUAACGAGAUGGAGAAGGGUAAAAAGACCAAAACGAUUAAGAAAACCAAAAAGAAGGAUUCUGUAUUACCACCAGAGAAGAAAAAUCCUUUCAGAGAAAAGAAGAUGGCAAGAACAAUGGCAGAAACAUUUCAGCUCUCUCAAAAUUAUGAAAGCCAUAGUAUGGCUAUAUCUGGAUUAGCUGUCCAUUCAAAGAAGCCUAUUGUAGCUACAGCAUCCGAUGACGGUACCUGGAAAGCGUGGUCCCUUCCUUCCUCUAAGGUUAUCAUGAGUGGAGAAGGUCAUUCUGAUUGGGUGAGCGGCAUUGACUUUCAUCCGUUUGGAACUCAUUUGGCCACAAGUGGAGGUGACUGCUUAAUUAAGCUGUGGGAUUUCACUACUGCCAGUUGUUCUUUAACAUUUGAUGAUCACACUCUACCUGUGUGGGACUGCCAAUUUCACUACAGUGGAGACUUUUUAGUGUCGUGUUCUAUGGAUCAAACGACCAAAUUAUUCGACAUUCGAGCAGAGAGAUGUGUGACAACUUUCAGAGGACACAAGGACAGUGUAAAUAGCGUUGUUUGUAUUCCAUUCACCAAUACUUUGUUAACCGCUUCAGCAGACAAAACUUUAUCAUUGUGGGACAUGAGAGCAGAUAGCAAAAAUUUGUGUGUUCAAACUUAUUAUGGACACAAAAACAGUUGUAAUUAUGUCACAAUUAAUCCACAAGGAGAUACAAUGGCCUCUACGGAUUGUGAUGGACUUGUUUUAGUUUGGGAUUUGAGAACACAGAAAAUACGAAAUCAAUUCAACAUUAGUGAUGUUCCAACAUCUGCAAAUAAGUGUGCUUUUGAUCCAAGUGGAAAGGUUUUGGCUGUAGCUUGUGCGGAUACUUCCAUUCGAUUAUUCUGUCCAGAUGGUAUUAAGGAAGAUGAGUCUUCAAAACCAAACUACACGAUAGGAGAGCUAAAAGGAAAUAAGGAGGCUGUUCAAGUUGUCAAGUUCGAUUCUGAAGGAAAAUAUGUUGUGAGUGGAAGCGAUGAUGGCAUGUUGUGUCUAUUUAACAAUUAA